UCUGUUUUCUUUCUCCGUCUCUCAGGGUGAAAGCUUUGCCUUUCAGGCUCCAGAGCUUGAAAGGCCCAAUUGCAAGUCUCUCCCUUUUUUGUUUAUCCUAGCAACCACCCGCCCCUCUACUCCUGUGUCAGCUGCUCCAAGCCACUGAAUCAAGACAUAAACACACCGCUUUCUGCUUCACCCAGGAGCACCGAUAAUGCACUUUUCUCUCUUUUGCGCAGGAAACAGAGGCAUUUUAUGGUCUGAUUUCCAUAUAGGAAGAUCCUUGUAAUGGUGGCUUAGAUUUCCCAGCCGCACACACUUUGAUAUUCAGUAUUGUAUAAGAUUUUGGCUCUGUGGAUUUAAGUUGCCCUUUCCUGUGUGGACUAAUUCAGCCUAUGGAUGUACCGCCCUCAGUGACCUUAUCCUUCCCUUGUUGUGUGCAGCUACAUUUUAAUUACACAGUUUGGCACAAAUUGGUAUGUUAAUUGUUGCAAAACAAAGAAAUGAAGGUGGCUGUAUUGGACCUGGGUACUAUUUUUGCAAAGAUUUUUAAAUCUUCCCCAGUUAAUCCUGGACCUUCUAGUAGUCCUUUUCCUCAGGGUUCUGCUUCAGGGAACACAAAUGGUUCUUUGGCCCAAAAAGCAUCUUUUCUUUUACUACCGGCACCACCAUCACCAACAAACAUUCUGAGCUCAUUAACAUCUUCUUCUUCGUCUUUGCCUCGCAUUCCAUCUGGAAAGGCGCUGACUACUCACCUGACAGGAUAUCCUACACCCAGCAGUCCAUCCCAUUCAUCGAAACCUCAUGCUGCCAACUUAGGGGUCAGUUCCUUUGGGGCACCCGCUCAGCAGUUAAAUGAAGAAUCUGGGUUAGGGUCACAAACUACAGUUACUUCUCCAACACCACCACAUACUAUUCUAGUACGUCCAGCUCCCUCAAAUGUAGCUAUACCUGCAAUGCAGCUCAACCACCCCAGUCGUUCUCCACGACUUCAUCAGGAUAUCUCUGCUACUGGAUGGAACACCAAGUCCAUGCUCUUCACUUUGCCAGAUAUCGGGGAGGAAAGCACAGAUUAUGAAGAAAGUCACCAUAGCCAGGGGAAGGGAAUAACAAGAGGAAGUGUUGAUCGUUACCUUUUGGAGAAUGUGCGAGAUUCACUUCCAGAACAUUUCACAAAACCCGUACAAGAGGCUAUCCAUAAUUUCACAUGUGAAUCCAUAUCCUCCUUGUCAUCCAGUGGGCAGACCACACCAACAGACUUAAAUCAGUCCUGGUCAGGGAUACAAAGCUAUACCACCGGCUUGUCCACAGAGAGAAGCUCUGUUUAUUCCUGGGCCGAUGAUGAGUUUGAUAAAGCCAACACACAGCGGGUGCAUGAGUUAUUCUGGGAUGUGGAUGAAAUGAUGUUUGAAGGUAAUGUUACCUCACAAAACAAGACCCUGCAAGCCGAGGGGAAGGAGUGGACUGAGCGAUCCCUUCAUUUAAGAAUAUUAGGGAAACAGCUUAUUUUGCCAAAGGAUGAAGGUUUCCAGCAUUACCAAGGUAGAACAUCAAGCAAUGCAUAUAUACAUCCGUUAUCUGAUCUUGGGGAGAGCAGCAGUGACAUGAAAGAGCUUUGCAUCUCAGGGUCAAAGCUUCUACCCACAGCAUCGCCACUACACAAAGCCCAAGAUUCUGCCUCCACUGGGAGCCCAGGAGUUUCUGAAUUGUCCUCCUAUUCGUUUCUGGAGGAAGAGAUUUACGGCAUGGAUGGUACUAUUGAGGAAUAUCUCGCUUUCGACAGCAGAGAACAUGAUGAGGAGGGUUUGGAUCAAAAGAAAGUUCAUCUUCACCGAAAGAGGAAUAAACGUGGCAUUCCUCCUGUCUCUCCUAAUGCCUGCAUCAAAGACACGGUGGCCGCAGAAGUAUUUGAUGAUGCCUGGAGGAAAGCAGUUGAUUCAUUGCAGGAGCUUAUUAUGAGAUUCUGCGAAGAUGCAGUGGAGGAGCUAAAGCAAAUUGAGAAGCGCCAGUCAAACGGCAAUAAGUAUCUCCCAAUGCCAAUUCAACGUAUUAUUUCUGAGUCAGCAAGUGUCCCUCCAUCUAGAGGCUCAGAAGCAAGAAGCCUGUCGUUCGGCUCAUACCUGUUUCCGUCUCAGAUAAAUCGCAAUUUAUACAAUGACUUGAAUGGUGUUAUGACAAUUCAGGCCAAACCCCUGCAGCACAGACAUGCUGGAUCCGCAGAGAAGAUGCAAAAUGAACAGGAAGAUAAAAGUUUUAACAUUGCACCCCGGGUCUUAAACUCAGCACGGAACAGACUGGGAAGAUUAAGUGAUAACAGUGUUCUCUCCUCAUCCCGAAUACUGCAAACGCCAUCUAGGAAAACGCCAACACAGCGCCGGCUGCCAUCUAUUACUCUGGAUCCUCUGCGGUCCAAAACCCCCAACGUCUACAGUGAUGAAGUCUUAAGAGGGACAAAAUUAUACACAGGACUGGACCGCUUGCCAUCACCAUUCAUGCAAGCUAACAGAAAUAAAUUGCCACCCAUUAACUCAGAAGUGACUGAGCAACAUCUGUCAGUCCCUGGAUCUCGGCAUUCAGCUAACAAAACCAGGCUCCCUCACAGCAGAGUAUCUAGUGCCGUUCCUGACAGCGCAGGUCGCCGACCCCCACGGGAGAGAACUGCACCCCAAGAGCAAUUUUCAAGGCCAAAUACCACACACACCUUUAGAUCAGAAUUGUCACACAGACGAUCCUUUACUCCCAUGGAUUUUACCAAUCAUACAUGGACCGGGCAGAGUUUCCUAACAAGCUCCCAGUAUCCGCCUAAAUCUUUCCAGAGGAAUCAACCAACUUCUAGAAGAAAAUCUCAAGUGGCCUCUUAAUAAAAUACUGAACUGGACAUUAAAAGGCCAAAUAAGUAGUACAGAAUCUCUUUGGACAGCUGGUUGUUGUACAUAACCCUUGCAUCCAUUGUUUUUCUUUUUCUUCAGAUAAAUGACUACAUCAAAUGUUACAUGCAACUCUCUUGAAUGCCAAACAUGUUAUUUCCCAUUUUCUUAGUCCCAAAAUGUAUAAUGGAGUCAUGGAGAGUUCAAUCAUUGGGGCCAAUUGUGCAAGACCUACAUCAUGUCCUUUGACAUUUUAUUUCAGAUGGAGCAUGAAGAAUGAAAACCUUGAUUUUCUAGAGGGUAAGGGUACCGGGAUUGUUUAAUAGUAUUUCAUAUGUAAACAGCCUUUAUUGUUUCCAAAUACAUUAGAAGUAAAUUAAUCGGCAUAUAAAAUGGCUGUACCAGGGAUAUCAGACUUGAAACCCUCUGGCAUGGUAAAUGAGUUGAGCGCCAGAAUUUCCUGCUGGAAGUGACGUUCCACCUGAAAGAAAAUAUUUCUGAAAAUACUUAUUCUCCAAAAGUAGCAUUGUGUGACACUGCACAGAAAAUCCAACUGUCCAUACAAGCAAUGAGAGCAAGAGGCCACAUAUAAGCCUCUUGAUGAACAGCACAAUUUAAGCGCCCCCUUAUUUCAGUUACAGUCAAGGUAAGAUUAUGUAAUGUAUCUAUUUAGGAAUAUCUGUUGAUCUGACUUUCAAACCUUGAGCAGUGAUGCUCAAGGUUUGUAAGUCAGAGCAACAGAUAUUCCUAAAUAUAUAUAUAUAUAUAUAUAUAUAUAUAUAUAUAUAUAUAUAUAUAUAUAUAUAUAUAUAUAUAUAUAUAUAUAUAUCAUAAUCUUACCUUAUCUGAAAUAAGGUGGUACUUAAAUUGUGCUGUUCAUCAUGGGUUAAUUGGGAAAAACACUUUACUUGUGUGCAAAAGUACAAUUAAAGAAAAUGUGCUUACACAAUGAAACUGCUAUUUUAAAAGUAAAAUAUAUCCAAGCCUUAAAAAUCUGAAAGCAAGACACUCAAACAGCUGAUCAAGGGGCAGAAGCUGAUCUGGAGAUGGUCUCCUUGACACCUACAGGUUGUGGGAAUUAUUGGGUUAUAACAUCCGCUAAUGUGUCUGUCAUUACAAGGUCAGUGAAUGCUUCAUUCAGCUGUUUGGGUUUAAUUCAAGGUAUAAUGCUUUGAGCCUUCCUUGAAUUUGAGCCAGUUGGAUGCCCUUCAUCUUGCUGUGACUAUCACAGAGUAAACAGAAACAUAAAUCUAUGGUUCUGUAAUUCAGGUCCUUGACACACAGCCCUGUCCUUUCCAGACAGGGCUCCAUAGGCCCCUACUGUGAUCCACUCAAUAUAAUUAUUUUAUGUAUGGCUAACUUAACAUUACAAACUGUAGAAUAACUAUUAGGGAUUACAAAUGUGCUUGGGCCCUGAAAAGAAAGGGCCACAUUGGAAAAAUAAUUUGAUCUAUCACCACAGAAGUAAAAAAUUUAGUAUGGAAGGGCCAACGGGCAAUUUCACAUGCAGGAGAUGAAGGAUAGAGGCAGUUAGACAGGGUGGGAAACAGGAAGAUAAACAAGAUGGUUGUUGGGGACAGAUGUAUUUACCCUGAGUUGAAGAGAGUGAAGACUGCUGACUGGUUUGUCUGACUCUGGAGGUACAAAGGGGCUGCCCGGUAUAGGAAGGGACCUGCAAAGGGUUCAUGCAUCUGUGAUGGUGUGCCUUUUAUAUUCCCCGGAUUGUUAACUGAUCCAUGCACUUUCUAGAAAACUUCAAAGCAUACAGAGAAAUAUUUUCUGCACACACUUUAUGUAAAUUUCAUAUGUAUAAUAUUUAUAAUAAAAGUUUAUUUUUGUAUUACUUGAAUGGGAAACAAAUUUGUAUUAUAGUAAACAAAUCUGACAAAAUAAAAUAGUAGCAUCAUUAACUUUUCUACUGUAUUAAACCACUUCAGUAGCAUAGUAACUAUGUAACAGCAUUUCAUAUACAACUGUUGUAAUUUAUACGUUUUGAAAGCAUUGAAUGGUUGUAUUAUUACUCUGAAUGGACUGUCUCCUUGAUUGUGUCAACAACCUAGAAGCAUUCAUUUGUUUAUUGCCAAUAAAUUGCUUGUUUUAUAAAA